GGAGGUUUUAGGGCGACCGACGACGCCUGGCCAGUGCGCCGCCAGCAGCCUCCAGGAAGGCCUGAGAGGAAGCCUCGCUCCGGUCGUCCCGCCGCCGGUGCAAACACGCUCAAUGCCCUAGCUGUGAUAUUUGUACAAAACUUCUCCCGAGCCAUGUGGGCGUUGUUCGUUAGAGGACAAACAACCGUUGCUUGUGUACGAUUAUGAGAGACGCCGACGGCGUGACAGAGUCUUGUAGCAAAAUGUUUGACAUGUCAAUUCAGGAGAUAAACGGUAAGGGACCGAAGAAGAGGAAAAAGUCGUUGGAGCCAAACUGUGAUAUAGAUCGGGGUGAGUGCGGGAACGAGAAAGUCGAGGUUAAGAAUGGAGGAGGCGUCAAUGAGGAGUCUAAGGAAGAGCAGCGAAGAGUUGGAGACAAGAGUGUGGAGCUGCUGCAUUGGCGCGACAUGCCGCAACAUCUUCAAUUCAAUCCGUACGUGUUGACCGGCUACCGGCCGUUGCAAAGCUUCGGAGGCUGCGUACGCAGUCUGUUCUACUUCCACAAUGAGACCAUUAAUAUACUGACACAUGGAGUAUCCCUGUUGUAUAUGAUGGCGGUACUGCCAGGGUUGCUUCCUUGGGGCGGCGGUGGUGGGGCGUGGUUCCUGUCCCUCUGCCACUUGAUGGGAGCACUCGCGCCCUGGUGCGGCUCCUUCCUCUACCACCUGUUCAUGAACCACACCCAGGGCGCCAGUUUGUAUCACCGACUGUUGCAAUUGGACAUGCUGGGCAUUUGGGUCAGCCAGAGCAUCGGUGCUAUCCCUAUGGUGACAGCGACAGUGUACUGUGCGCCUACCCUCCUCCGGUACGCGGCGCUGGCUGUGUACUGCCUAGGGAGUCUGAUUGGUCUUUAUAAGGCGAUGCGUGCGUGGUCCCCGUGGGAGCGGAGGCUGUGCUUCGCUGCUCCUUUCUGCAUGCGUCUGCUGCUGGCUGGUGCUCGUGCAGCGAAUCUCGCUGGUGGUGACCCUCACGCCAUACUGCACGUAUUCCUUCAAGAUGCAGUGUCCCUUGGAGGUGGUGUGAUAGGCGCCAUGCAUAUACCGGAAAAGUGGUUCCCGGGUACUGUGGACCGCUGUCUGAAUUCACACAACAUCAUGCACGUGCUGGUUGUGCUUGCUGUGUACUCCAUGCAUCAGGUUACCACACGUGAUUUAGCAUGGAUGUCCAGCGUCGACUGUCGUCGGCUCUGACGAUAACGCCGCCGUGAAGCCAUCAACACACGAGCGGUUUAAAAACGCUCCUCCACAAACACGGAAUACAUAUCCGCGUUAAUUUGCUACAUAUAAAAACUACCUUACUUACUUUUAUGUUCAUUACAUACAAUAGGUAGACAAUAUAAUGGCCUAUCACUUUAACAAGACGUUGGUAAUGUUGAAGACGAUCAACGACCGCACGUAACAGCUGAUAUGUUAUUAAUAGCUAUAUAGUGAUAAGAUAAGGAGUACAAUUAACAUAAUUUGACGCUAAUCUAUUGAAACCUUCCGUAGGCUUUAUAUUAGAUGUAAACACUAUUUUAUUAGAUCUUCUUCUACAUUGGUCCGUUGUUGUUAAGAUUAUUUUACAAACUCUGUAGAUAUUACGAUGCGUAUGUAAAAUUAUUAAAUGGUAUAAUUAAAUAAUUCAUACUUAAAUAUGACAAUAUACAUGCACUCAAGUGAAUCACUCACAUCGCACGCACACAAUUUAAUGCUAAAAAAUCAAGAGUACGUAAAAUUUUAUUUGUGUGAGAAAUAUGAUCUCUUAAAGUAAGUACAUUAUAGUUAUAAGAAUAACAUUUAUUGGACGCUCGGCGGUAAACAUGUUGUCAGCAACACGGCUUUAUAAAUAACAAUUAUGUAAGUAUUCUACAAGAUUUUGCAUCUUAUCAGUCUGCUAUAUCUUGAGUUUUUCCCUCCAUUAUCAGUAAUAAUUUAAAAUUUUUAUUGAACACCACGAAUUCCUAUUCUAGAUUUCGUCUACAACUGUGGUUGUAAGAGUCUAUCUUAAUAAGUACUAUCUAGUCAAAUCAAAUAGACUUUAAUUUUGCUAAUUAUUACCAAAAUGGUUCUUAUAAAUAAUGUUAUACGUAAAUUAUCACUAAUAGAUCUAAACCAUCACGUCUCGCUUUAAGAUAACAAUUUUAUUUUAUGUACAGUAACACCCUGUAUCUGCUUCCUAUUUAAUGUAAGGUAGAAAAUUAUUUAUAGCAUGCUAUUAGUUAUGCGUCUUUUUGGGUUAACUUAAAAACUAAACCUUAAACCUUAUAUAUUCAAAACAAUUUCAGCGAAUAAAUAAAAAAUAUAUAUUUGUUGUACAUUUAAUUUUUAAGAAAUACAUAAUUUAUAAAUUUUUUUUUAUUAUAUUUUAAUUGAUGAUUAAACACAUAUUUUUAUCUAAAUUAAUAUUUACCGAAUAGUGAUUAAAUAACGCUAUUUUAAUGAAGAGCAUUUAUCAUGUUUCACUCGUGACACAUCUAAUAUGAAAACUCACUUUAAGUCGGUGACAUCAACUACGUGUUACCUAAACUUAUAAAUAGUGACGGGUGUCACUGUAAAAUAUCUAUAAAAUUUUUAACUUACCGCUUUAAUAAUAACUAGAAGUAAUUUAGCACCAAAUUAUCUUUUAACAUAUAAGUAGUAUACUCAAAUAGCGUAGUCCUGUUAGGAGGCUAGCGAACAGCAAUAAUUAGUGAAUCUUGUAGGUAUUGACGAGCGUAGUAUAGAUUACGAAGCAAUUAAAACUGUUGUCAAUACAUUUCCAUUAUGUUAGAAUAUUUUGAUAGUGUUUUAGCCAAAUGUAGAUAGAUUUUGAUGACCGUUUGGGAUGUGACCGUGACCGAUGCCAACACUACAUUAAAUUGUUUAAUAUUCAUUUAAAUAUUAUAUUUUUGGAUAUCAAUAUAUCAUCUUAAUACAUAUAUCAAUAGUAUUUAUAUGUAAAUUCCAUGUGAAAUACAAUAUUCAUAUAAUAUAUCUAAAACUAGUCUACAAAGUCAACAUAUAUUUAUACAUAUAUUAUGUUAACAAAUUUUAUUGUUAGAAUUAAUUUAUCGAAGUUAUUAAUGGACGAAAUGUCAAAUGGAUAGUUCCAGAAGUAACGAAGAAGGUUUGUUAUAAUUCCUUUUUUAUUUCUUUUUAAACUUACAAUCAUUUUUAAAUUAAUUAACUUAAAAUAGAACUAUAUUACGUCUGUACAUAAGAAACUGUUUGUGAAGUAUUUUAAUGUUAAUUUAACUGUAAAUUUACUAAAUUCGUUUAAUUAUAUAACUUCAGAAUCAAUUCAUUUUCAAUUAAUGUGUUCGCUUAAAUCAUUAAAAAAUCAUUAAACCAACAUGUUAUCAGAAAUGAUAUCCGUUCUACGUAAUUUUCUUUGUUUAAAACGAUUUGAUUGUCGUCAGUUUUAAAACUGGCUCGUAAUUAGUGAAAUUGAGCAUUAAAUUAGUAAAUAGAAAAAUAUUGAUUGAAGAGUUUAAGCAGCUAUGACAGUUUACCCGCCAGUUUCACAAUACGUAACGAAAAAAAUUAUAUCAUUUUUAACAAAAACAAAGUUAAAAGCAAAGCCCUUUGUUUAUUUCAUAUCAUGACACAUAUAUAGCGAUUUUCCUCCUAUAACAUGGCCGUAAGGCGUCGUGUCGCUGUGAUUGUAUCGAUGUUACGUUACUAACUAAUUGAAACCUGCCUUCAAUCAUAUAAAUUAGCAUAAUUUUAUUCAUACACGGUUCCGAUGGUGAUGAACAUAGCAAUACGCCAGUAUUUUUAAAUAUAAUAUGUUUGGAGUGUUUCCAUAGUACUACACGAUGUACAAUUAUUAGUGUUUGUUAGAAAUUACGUAUUGAAUAAUGCAAUGUAGUGUGAGUUGAUGAAAGUAUUAAAGUUUAUUUGAAUUUAA